AUGAUGUCAACAAAAGAUUAUUGUCUGCCAAUGCCAUCUUUGGAGUAUUCGGAAAUAGAGGAUAAAGGUCGUGAUGAGAACCCAACCAAAUAUUUCGCUUUCCAAUCACUAUUUGGAAUCGAUCAAAUAUUGAAUUCACCAAUUCUGGAUAAUUUAAAGGAGCUCGUACUUUACUGGUUCCGACCAAAAGAAGAUGGAAUAUGGUCAAAAGUAUUCAAGAGGUGUCAUUCACUUGAAUCAUUGGCCAUUUUAGCAAAUUCAUUCAACUGUAAAAAGGCUACAUUGGACAAUGUGACUGCUUUAUUAAAUGCUUUGGUAUUGCUCCCAAACCUUAUCGAUUUGAAUAUGGCUAAACCACACAAUGUUAGGUUUCGUCGAUUAGACAUUGAUUCUGGGUUUAGUUUUCCAAGCACUCUAACAAUCAUCGGUCGAGCACCAGAUUGGAGACACAAAUUAUUGCAAGUCAUUGGUUCAACAUUCAAAACAACUCAAAAAACUACUGUCUCUUCAUCUCGACCAAGAUUGGAUAAGAAUCAUUCCACUCACAAAAUUGACUAG